GCAUUAUACAUUACAGUUGAUUUUCUCCAUUUUGUGAUAUUCAGUAAAAAAGGUUAAAGGGAUAUUGGGAUUGAAUUUAAAUUAUUAUCUUAUACAAUAGUACUUUUAACAUGCUUAUCAUAUUCAACAUAUUGCAUUUUACUUCUUGUAGAGCCAUGCUGAUGUUAUCAUUUGGAUGACAUCUGUGCCCAUCAAUUCCCGGCUGUUUCAAACAAAAUUCCAGUCAUGCUGUAAAUCAUACAAAGCAGCUGCAAAAUGAGGAAAUGUCAGAAAGCAUUACAAAUGCUAAUGUCACAGAAUGCCAAUGUCAAUUCCAAGGUCAAAGACGAAGAUGUGAAAGAACAUUUCUGGAGUUUCUACAACAGUGGGAGUCUGUCUGACAUUGUGUUGGAUCUGGUGAUAUCAGAUGAGAUCGAGGGAGCUGAAGAUGGAGAUGAGCUGGUGGUCAGGACGAUGGUGCUGAAGGAAGACUUCACAGCAUGGAGGGACUUCUUCCAUACAGAUGAAACCGCAGACACACUGCCUGAACCAAAUGCUGCCAUCCAACAGACCAUGGCCAGACCCACUACUGAUCGUUCCACCAUCCAACCAACUGACAGAGCCACCAAUGCCAAAUCACACACAGACUCAACUACAGCACAUCAAGGCCACCUGUACCCAGACUUAUGGAUAGCAGCACAACAGGGUCACCUCCCUACAGUAGAGAUGCUCCUCAGUAAGGGUGCAGAUGUCAACAUGACAGACAGGCAUGGCAGGACUCCACUGUGGAUAGCAGCACAGGAAGACCACCUCCCUACAGUAGAGAUGCUCCUCAGUAAGGGUGCAGAUGUCAACAUGACAGACAGGCAUGGCAGGACUCCACUGUGGAUAGCAGCACAGCAGGGCCACCUCCCUACAGUAGAGAUGCUCCUCAGUAAGGGUGCAGAUGUCAACAUGACAGACAGGCAUGGCAGGACUCCACUGUGGAUAGCAGCACAGGAAGACCACCUCCCUACAGUAGAGAUGCUCCUCAGUAAGGGUGCAGAUAUCAACAUGGCAGACAGGGAUGGCAGGACUCCACUGUGGAUGGCAGCACAGAAAGACCACCUCCCUACAGUAGAGAUGCUCCUCAGCAAGGGUGCAGAUGUAAACAUGGCAGACAAGGUUGGCCAGACUCCACUAUGGAUAGCAGCACAUUGGGGCCACCACCCUACAGUAGAGAUGCUCCUCAGUAUGGGGGCAGAUGUAAACAAGGCAGACACAAAUGGCAGUACUCCACUGUGGAUAGCUGCACAGGAGGGCAACCUCUCUACAGUAGAGAUGUUCCUCAGUAAGGGUGCAGAUGUCAACGCGGCAGACAAUAACGGCCAGACUCUACUGUGGAAAGCAGCACAGAAGGCCCACCUCCCUACAGUAGAGAUGCUCCUCACUAAAGGUGCAGAUGUCAACAUGGCAGACAAAGAUGGAAGGACUCCACUGUGGAUAGCAGUACAGAAGAGCCACCUACAUGUAUCUACAGUAGAGAUGCUCCUCAGUAAGGGUGCAGAUGUCAACAUGGCAGACAAAGAGGGCAGGACUCCACUGUGGAUAACAUUAAAGAAGGGCCACCUCCCUACAAUGGAGACCCUCAUCAGUAAGGGUGCAGACGUCAACAUGGCAGGCAAGGAUGGCAGAACUCCAUUGAUAGUAGCACUGCAGUGGGGUCUCCUCUCUACAGUAGAGAUGCUCCUCAGUAAGGGUGCAGAUGUCAACAAGGCAGACAAGGAUGGUCAGACUCCACUGAUAGUAGCACUUCAGCAGUUCCUCCUCCCUAGCUUUUUAGUAGAGAUGCUCAUCAGUAAGGGUGCAGAUGUCAACAUGGCAGACAAAAAUGGCAGGACUCAACUGUGGAUAGCAGCACAGAAGGGCCACCUCCCUAUAGUAGAGAUGCUUCUCAGUAAUGGUGCAGAUGUCAAGAUAGCAGACAAAUAUGGUCAAACUCCACUUUGGUCAGCAGCAGAGCAGGGUCACCUCUCCACAGUAGAGAUGCUCCUCAGCAAGGGUGCAAAUGUCAAUAUGGCAGACAAGAAUUGCAGAACUCCACUGUUAGUUGCAUUACAGCGGGAACACCUCUCUACAGUAGAGAUGCUGCUCAGUAAUGGUGCAGAUGUCAACAUGGCAGACAUGGAUGGCAGGACUCCACUGUGGAUAGCAGGACAGUGCAACCAUCUACCUAUAGUAGAGCAGCUUCUCAGAAAGGGUGCAGAUGUCAACAUGGCAGACAGGUAUGCUCGGACUCCUUUGUGGACAGCAGCACGGAAUGGAAACCUUCCUUCAGUGGAGAUGCUCCUCAGUAACGGUGCGGAAGUUAACAUGGCAGACAAAUAUGGUCAAACUCCACUUUGGUCAGCAGCACAGCAGGGCCACCUCUCUACAGUAGAGAUGCUCCUCAGUAAGGGUGCAGAUGUCAACAUGGCAGACAAGGAUGACAGAAGUCCAACAGAUGUAGCAAAGUAUGAGGGUCACUCCGCUGUUGAAGAGAUACUCAAGAAGCAUGCAAUCAAGCCUAAAUAAUACAUUGUAUUAUAUCCUCUAUUUGCAUGUAAAUGCAGCAUUAAAUCAAGCAUCAAAGUUAGAGCUUCAGACUGUGGUAAUUACUUUUACUUGCCAUAUUUGUAAAGAUGUUCCUGAUGAUGUCCUUAUGGUCCAAUACCCAGGCAUUGUCAGACCUGAACAGAAAUGGUCUUGUGCACAUGCUGCCUUCUAUGCUGUGAUGAUUUACAGUUCUUAAGUUCUGUAAAACAGGCUAAUUUAGUGUCAAGCUUCUGAAUGCAUUGUGAUUAAGGUGAACAACAAAUCCUGUAUUUUGAAUGUAAACAUCAUGAUAGGCACAUGUACUAAGUAGCAGUUUUUACAUACUUGAGGUGAUUUUAGCAUGCACAUUUAUUGUUUCAGCAUGUAUUGUACUAAAAUCUGCAUUAAAAAGUAUUAUUGUACAUCUGUAAUUUAGCCCAAGGGCUACAAUGAUGUGAAGUAAACUCUGGAAUAGUUACAUCAGGUUGCUAUGUCACUGAAUAAAGAGACUCUUUCACAACUAUCCCUUUAUUUCUACUGACGUUUCAGUUAUCUUCUGUCACCUUCGUCCUGAGUCUGAGACCUGAGGAAUGAGACAGACAAUUACCAAAAUGUCAGUGAAAAUAAAGCAAUGCUCGUGGAAAAAAGUCUCUUUAUUCAAUUAUUGGGUGUAAAAUGUGAAGUAAAAUGUUUCAUCAAUUUACAUAUAUUCAAAGCUGUGUCACAUAAAUUAGGUAAUCAUCAUCAUUGUCAUAAGCAGGAUGCAGAGAUUAUGCAGUAAAGUGACUGUCCAUAAGAGUGGGUUCACACAUGCGUAUAUAUUGAAGUCUGUAUGAGGUCCGUUUGGAAGUCAUAGCCUCUACCAGGCUCCACAGGAAAAAUAGUAGACA